ACUGAGUUAUCAAUGAAAUAACACAAUAAAAGAAUAGAAAGGGUGAGAGUGGGCGUUUGCGAUGGAAUCGGCUGCAAUGAACUUUCACUGGGAACUCUGAAGCGAAAAAUACCUGGGUAAUAAUAGCCUGUGCUCUGCUCGCGGUGUCUGAUGCUCCGGAUCGUCGCUGAUUUCCAGCCCGUUACCGGUGUGUGUGUGUCAGAUGAGCUCAUCAUGGGUGAAGCGUUCACACACACGCAGCGCUGCGGGAAACAUCUGCGACUGCUGCUCUUCAUCCUGCUGCCAUGUGUGUGUGUCCUCAUCUGUGUGUGUGUGCUGCUGCUGACGCUCACAGGUUUAUUUGGGAAUGGCCUGCUGGAUGCUGGAUCUUCUGUGUCCAUAGUGACCGACGGGCCCUUUAACAGCACCGACCCCGGCCCGAUGAUGGCCGAUAACAGAACGGUGUCACCGCAGUCCGGCACGCCGCGGGUCGUCCUGACAAACACCCCUCCACAGUGGGACUCGGCACACUGGAUGCCUCGUUCAGACACCUCUUCAUCCUCAUCCUCGUCUUCAUCGGCGGGCCCCACUGCCGCGGCCCCUGUGGACUGGUGGACCUCUGUCUCCACGGUGACGAGCAUGAGCGCAGACGCUGGUUUCUGCUCUGACAUCAUGGAGAUUCAGUGUAGCAUGCUGCCGUACAACCAGAGCGGAGUGUUGCCGGGGACGAUGGUCGUCAAGAGCAGCGAGCUGCAGAUGUUCCUCAAGUUCUUCAGCUACCUGAGUCAACUGUCCUGCUACAGACACAUCAUGCUGUUCGGAUGCUCCAUCGCACUCCCACAAUGCAUCAGCCACAGAGACCGCAGGACUCUGGUUCUGCCCUGUCAGUCGUUCUGUGAAGCGGCUCGUGAGGGCUGUGAGCCUGUGCUGCAGAUGUUUAACGCGUCCUGGCCGGAGUUCCUGCGCUGCUCUCAGUUCACCAACAACACGGGAACGAAUGCUGAAAACACGCCGCUCUGCUACACGCCGCGACACGCCAGAGGAAAGCUCUCUGCGUGUGGAAGAAGCGAUCACUUCCUGUGUGCGACCGGAAUAUGCAUCCCCCUGAAACUAGUGUGCAAUGGAUACAACGACUGCGACGACUGGAGCGACGAGGCCGACUGCACUUGUGCGGAUGGUCAGUAUUUGUGUACCACCGGUCGCUGUAUCAGUUCUGAUCUUCUGUGCGAUGGCUACGAUGACUGUGGUGAUCUGAGCGAUGAGCAAAACUGUGUGUGUGACCCGACUAAAGAGCAUCGCUGUGGAGAAGGACGCUGUAUUCCUCGAGACUGGCUCUGUGAUGGAGAUCACGACUGCCUUGACAAAAGUGACGAGCUGAACUGCUCGUGUAAGUCCCAGGGUUUAGUGGAGUGCAGGAACAAGCAGUGUAUUCCCAGCGCCUUCCGCUGUGAUGGUGAAGAUGACUGUAAAGAUGGCAGUGAUGAAGAGAACUGCACACAACAACAGACUCAGGGUUUGUGUCCUCCUGGUCAGUCCAGUUGUACUUCAAGCUCCUGCUCCUCUGGCUGUCAUGGAAACACGUCAUGUGACCUGCGCAACACUGGCAACAACUGCAGUGACUGUGAGCCCAUCUCUCUGGAGAUCUGCAUGAAUCUGCCCUAUAACUCCACCCACUUUCCCAACUAUCUGGGUCAUCACUCUCAGAAGGAGACGUCUGUGAGCUGGGAGUCCUCGCUCUUUCCUGCACUCGUUCAGACAAACUGCUACAAAUAUCUCAUGUUCUUUGCGUGUACGGUGCUUGUGCCCAUGUGUGACCCUGUAACGCAGCAGAGAGUGCCGCCCUGCAGUUCUCCUCUCUCUGCACACGCGGUGCUGGACGUGUCAUCUGCUGCGGGACGGAGGCGCUGGCUGCAUGUCGACCCAGACUGGAAUCCACAGAACAUGUUUCCUCUACAGGGCCUGCUGGAAAAGCGAGGGCAGAGCUGCACAUCAUCCAAGAAGAUCACACUGAAGUGCACAAGAGACAAAUGUGGCCGUCGGCCUGCUGCCCGGAUGGUGAAGAGGAUUCUGGGAGGCCGCACUAGUCGUCUGGGCCGGUGGCCGUGGCAGUGCUCUCUACAGAGUGAACCCAGCGGACACAUCUGUGGCUGUGUGCUCAUCGGGAACAAGUGGGCACUAACUGUAGCGCACUGCUUUGAGGGGCGUGAGAGCGCAGACGUGUGGAAAGUGGUUCUUGGCAUCAAUAAUCUGGAUCAUCCAUCUCCAUACAUGCAAUCGCGGCAUGUCAAAAGCAUCAUCGUCCACUCGCGCUACAACCGGGCCGUGGUGGACUAUGACAUCAGCGUGCUGGAGCUGGAGACCGAGGUAGAAGUGACCAGUUACGUGCGUCCCGUCUGUCUGCCCGGCCGCGGACAGCUGCCCAAAGCUGACCAGUACUGCCACAUCACGGGCUGGGGACACAUGGGGAACAGAAUGCCGUUUAAGCUCCAGGAGGGAGAGGUGCGGAUCAUCUCGGUCUCUCAGUGUCAGUCUUACUUCAACAUGAAGACCAUCACGUCACGCAUGCUUUGUGCCGGAUACGAAGCGGGAACCAUCGACUCAUGCAUGGGUGACAGUGGUGGUCCGCUGGUCUGCGAGGAGGGCGACGGCCGCUGGUCUCUGUACGGUUUGACCUCCUGGGGGUCUGUGUGUUUCUCUAAGGUCCUGGGACCUGGCGUCUACGCCAAUGUGACGCACUUCACCGAGUGGAUCGAGAGACAGAUUUACCUGCGCACGUUUAACCUGCUGUAGUUGAAUAUACACACUCAUAAACACACACAUUUACACAUCACUUACAUGUG